AUGGCGAAGUCCAAAGCGGCCAAACGCAAGCGCAAUGCGCAAGUCGAACUUCCGCAGAAAAUACCCAAGGCAUCCACUACCUUAACCCCUCCUCCUGAUGGCAACAAUCUCGAGCCGAAGCACCUUAACACCGUCGUCUCUGACGAGGAACUCGAUAUCACCGUGGAAACCCUCACUACACUUGCACAAUAUCCCAGCUUGACCAAGUCGAAGGCAUGCAAGGACCUCCGAGUUGCAGUUUAUGAUUUCCGACAAGCAUGCACAACAGGCGUUAACAAUGCUGAGGGUGCUAACCUGACUGCACGAAUCACCGGUGCCUUGGCCGACGGGAAAUACUUAGAAGCCAAAAUAUUGCUUGCUGAGAUGAGAAUCAGGGGUGAACAACCCAAGAUUGGAGCCUUGUGUCGCUGGGUGCGAGAUCUAGAUGUUGUCAGCGGGCUAUCGACACAGCCCGGGGCCGUCGAGCGUGUUGCUGAGCGCAGCGCAAAGGAUCUGGAGCGUCUUGGCGUUCUCGAUGCCAUACUGCGCGUCAGCACUCCAAUUGACACCAACCCGAAGGCUGCUAUUUCUACCUCUCCCAUUGCCUUCCAGUCGAUAUGGGACCUUCGCCCCUCAACAGCACCACUCCCGAUCUAUGCCUCCGUGCUCGACAAAUCAAUCUUGGCCGAAGCGCCAGCGUCUUCCUCCGCCAUCCGCAUUAUCGAAACAACACCGGGUCCCCUCCGCAAACCUCCGAACCACCAUCCUGCCAUCCUAUACACCACGGCGCCAAACGCCGUCCCUCUGGAUCCUGUCAGCCCAACCAUUACAUACCAUCCACAUCCCGCUGUGCCGGGUCUCGGCGUCGCCCUGAAUGUUCUUUCGCCUUCCGAGUGCAAAGCCAUCAUUGCAGCUGGCGAAUCUGUGAACUUCCUGCCCGACGCGCCCCUCCGAGAGGAUGGAGAUGUGAGCAUCCUUGCGCACAACUUCUACUGGAUUGUCGACACCGCUUUCCAAGAUCUUCUCUGGGCACGGAUCUCCGCCUACGUGCCCUCCUCAAUCAAUGGCCGAUUGGUCCGAGGCAUCAAUCGGCGCUUCCGCGUGUAUAGAUACGUGCCUGGUGCAGAGUACCGGUGCCACAUUGACGGAGCGUGGCCGCCGUCCGGUAUUCUCCCUGACGACACGUAUGUCUACGAUGCCUCGCCCGAGGACAAGAAACAGAGCUCCAUGUAUACCUUCUUGCUUUAUCUCAACGACGAGUUCGAGGGCGGUGAGACGACGUUCUUCAUGCCCGCUGCUCGGGAGGGAACACUCAAUGCCUACCCAGUGCGACCUGUGAUGGGAUCUGUUGCGAUCUUCCCGCAUGGGGAGUCGAAUGGGGCUCUGUUACAUGAAGGGACGGGCGUAAGGAAAGGAGCAAAGUAUAUAAUCAGGACUGAUGUAGAGUACGACGUGAAGCCCUCGGAUGAGUGA